AUCAACGUGAAUUAAGCUGUUACAAUUUCUUGAAUAAAAAAUAAAAGCUGUUACAAUUACUUUUUCAUUCAAUCAUGGACUCUAGAGCAAUGCAAGGUGAACAUCCUCACGAUGAGCAUGAGAAGAAAUCGGUUCUAAAUUCUAGAGCAAUGCAAGAUGAACAUCCUCGUGAUGAGCAUGAGAAGAAAUCGGUUCUAAAGAAAGUGAAGGCAAAGGCUAAGAAAAUCAAGGACACAAUCACAAAACCAAAACAUGGUCAUGAGCAUGAUCAAUAUCAAUAUGAAAAACAACAUAUUCCUGAUGAUCAUGACUUGGAUCAAGAAGAUGAUGAGGAUGAGCAAGACCCAGAAAUUCAUGGAGCACCAAUUUAUGAUAGUGCUAAAGUUAGAAAUGUAACACCACAAGUGCAAGGAGUGGAUUUUGAUCAUCAGCAUGAGCCAGGUAGAAUAUUUCUUAAGGAAGAGAGAACAAUUAUAUCUAAGGUUAAUUUGGAGGAAGAUCCUCAUGCACCAGGAAGUAGAUUUGAAUCAAACGUUCCAGCUAAUUAUCAAACCAAGGUCACUGAUCCUACUAGGACAGGUGGUGCUGAAAUUGAUAUUACUCCAAUUCAAGAAUCUAUUGACAGAAUGAGUAAACAAAAUGAGCCAAAAAUUGUUCCAACAAUUUGUGAAACACAGCACCCUUCACCUUGUGUUGGAAUUCACAACCAAUUUCCACCAGUGCUUUCUAGAGAAACCAAAACACCUUAUCCAUCAUCAACAAUAGCACAUGAUCCAAAUUUACCACAGCUUUCUUCUGAAAUCAAAACUCAAUACCCUAAAAACAGUGGCCAAUUCGCACCAGUUUUUUCUACUUCAACACAAACUCAACAUCCUGGUCAUGACCAAAACUUGCCACAUAUUUCCAAUGUAACUAAAACUCAAUACCCUUCUUCUGCUACAAGCCAUGAUCAUUUCACACCUCAACCCCAUUUUGCUACAAGCCAUGACCAACAUUUACCUCAACACAUGCCAAAUGUGGCUAAACCUCAACACAUGCCACCGAGUUCUGGCGCGGAUUCUCAAUAUCCUUCUGCUGGAAGGCAUGAUCAAUUUAAACCAGAACUGCUACCAGCUGAACCAAAACCUCAACACUAUUCUGGAACAAGCCAUGACACAUAUCAUUCCGGUGUGAUGGAAUCUCAUGAGCCUAAACAUCAACACCAAUUUGCUUCAAACAUGCCACAACAUCAUUUUAGUGCAAUGAAAACUCAGUAUCCAUCUUCUGGAACCCAUGAUCAGUUUGAGCAAUCUUUGCCACAAUAUUCUAGUGUAACUGAGCCUAAACUUCACCACCAAUCUGUUACAAGCUUGCCACAGCAUUCGAGUGAAAUCAAGACUCAUUACUCAUCUUCUGGAAACCAUGAUCAGCUAAGAGCAGAGUUACCAACUGAACACCACUCUCCACAAUAUUCCGGUGCCAUGAGAACUCCUUCAGCUGGAAUCCAUGAUCAGCUAAGAGCAGAAUUACCAACUGAACACCAUUCUCCACAAUAUUCCACUGCCAUGAGAACUCAAUACCCUUCAGCUGGAAGCCAUGACCAGUUUAAAGCAGAGUUACCAACUGAAAAUCAUUCUCCACAAUAUUUCAGUGCCAUGAGAACUCAACACCCUUCAGCUGGAAACCAUGACCAGCUUCGAGCUGAGUUACCAACUGAACACCAUUCUCCACCACAUUUCAGUGCCAUGAGAACUCAAAGCCCUUCAGCUGGAAGCCAUGAUCAGUUUAUAUCACAGUUUUCUACCACUAACAGAAACAUUACAGCUGAAGAACAACCUCAUCAUCUUCUUAGAGCAGAGUUACCAACUGAGCACCAUUCUCCACAACAUUUCAAUGCCAUGAGAACUCAAUACCCUUCAGCUGGAACCCAUGAUCAGUUUACACCACAGUUUUCUACCGCUAGCAGAAACAUCAAAGCUGAAGAACAACCUCAGCUUCACAAUGAAUCCAUGAAAACCUCAGACCAACGCAAUGACAGCUACACCGACAAAAUGUACUCUGCAGCUUCUACCAUUGCUGACAAAGCCACUGAUGCUAAAAACGCUGUUGCUUCAAAGCUUGGAUAUGGUGGUGAGAACGAAACAACCCAAACCAAAAGUGGUGAAACACAGUCGAACCAGAACAGUAUUACAGAGAAAAUCUCAUCUGCAACAUCUGCAGCAGCUGAAAAAGCUGCCACUGCUAAAAAUGCGGUAGCUUCAAAGCUUGGAUACAAUGGUGAGAACGAAACAACACAGACUAAAAGUGGUGAAACACAGUCGAACCAGAACAGUCUUACAGAUAAAAUAUCAUCUGCAACAUCUGUAGCUGUAGACAAAGUUGCAGCUGCUAAAGACAUGGUUGCUUCAAAGCUUGGAUAUGGUGAAAAAGGAGAAACAACAACAGCUGAAACACAAUCAAACCAGAGCAGUUAUACAGAUAAAAUAUCAUCUGCAACAUCUGUAGUAACAGAUAAAGUCGCCACUGCUAAAGAUAACCUUGCAUCGAAGCUUGGAUAUGGUGAAAAAGGAGAAACUGUUGAAACUCCAUCGAACCAGAACCAAAGUAGUUAUACUGAGAAAAUCUCUUCUGCAAUAGCAGAUAAAGCUGCAUCAGCUAAAAAUACAGUAGCUUCAAAGCUGGGCUUGGGCGAAACCGAGAGAGAUUCUUCUUCUGAAGUGUCACCAGCAGAAUAUGGAAGCAGAAUUGCAGCUUCCUUGACUGAGAAGUUAUCUCCAGUUUCUGAAAAUUUUAGUACUAUGGAAAAUGAAAGAAGGAGUGGGAGUGUAGAACAGGAUAAGGGGGUGUCUGUAAAAGACUAUGUGUCUGAAAAGUUAAAACCUGGUGAAGAAGAUAGAGCACUUUCUGAGACAAUUUCUGAGAGCUUGUAUAAGAAAAAUGAAGAUGAAAAUGUGGAAGAACUUUAUGAUAGUGAUGAUAAAGGAAAAAGUAGGGAUGUGAGGAAGGUUGUAUCUGAUGCUGUUCAUAAGAGAGGAGAUGAUGAUGUUGAUGAGGGAAGGAGAAAACCAGUUAGGGGAAAGGUAACUGAGAGUGAAGAAGUGAAGAGAAGGUUAGGAGGUUGGGAUGAUGAGAUAAAAGAAGGAGAGUUAGGGAAAGGUAUGGUUGAUAUGGUUAAGGAUACUGUUGAAUCUUGGUUUGGGAAACCAGGUGGGAAUGAAGCAACUCAAGGAAGUGGAAGAGAGGUUCAUCAAAGUGGUGAUGAAAGAAGACUUCAUGAAUCAGCUAAUUGAAGAAUGUGUUUGAGUUUCUUGUGUGAAUUAUAAUAAUUUUAUGUAUUUUGUUUAAACUUUUGUGUUUGUUUAAGUGGUUGGAUUUUGAUUGUCAUUUUAUAUUCAGAAAAGCUUAUUGUGGAUAGUUCAAAGAAUGUGUCACUGUUAUGGUUAAAGGGGAAAUGUAUGUUAAUAAAUACACUAUGUUGCUCUCGUUUCUUCUUGGAAUAAUUUUUAUUUUCUUUCAA